AUGAAUUGUUCAUUCAAAUCGGAGGAAUCGCCAUGUGGCUUGCGUGGAGUUGGUACGGUUAUUCUACCGUUACUUGCCUGCAAAAGAGAUAUUACCUUUCAUCUUCUUAGUCUGAAAAUCAGCGUAAAACGUGGUAGAGGAAGCACCGACGUCAGCGAAACAGAGUUAAUUUUAAACCGUGCAGGUCUUUUGGGUGCUGUUAGCAAUGAUGAAAUGCAGACCAUGACAAUCUGUCCCAAGCAUAGGCUGGAUCUUACGACUAACUGGCCGGGUCGUAAAGUCGAAAUAUGUUGUUAUCCAGACCAUGAAGGUACCAAUAGAGGAAUUAAACUCCCUAGACGUGUAAACGCUGAUAUGUCAGCGGAAAUCUUUGCUUUAUUCAAUGCCGUGGUUCCUAUUGGCUCAGGUUAGUGUAAUGCAUUCAUUUUUACAGAUUUUCUUUUUUAGCUUAAAGUAGUUCCCACGAUUUGCAUCAAAAGGGUGGAACACGAACGCCCGUAAGCAAGUAUUUGCGACAGAUUGCAGUUUCCCAUGACUGAUGCUUUACUCAAAAAGGGUGGUUUCAUUGUGUCCAAACCGCGUGUACCGAGCGAUAAAGACACCUUAUUGCCAUCAAGCCAAUUUGGAAAAUCAUACUUAAGCCCCGCUAAAAUAUUUUUCUUACCUUGAACUCUAAUUUUACUGACAACAUAAACUUUGCGUGCAAAGCUAAUUGAAAGUACAAACAAACGUUUCGCCUCUAAGUUGUCGCAACACCUGUUGUAGUAAUCUGUGCCAGAAGAGCCUUUUCAUGACAACCAAAAAGUAAACUAAAUUAGUAUUGACAGUUUCUUUUUCUUUUGCAACUGUUUUUGAUUAAAAUCCGAGGGUUCGUAAAAACGAAAGUGAACGUACGCAAAUGGCAUACAUAAUUAGAUUACAGUUUCUCCACAGCUGACACUCUUUUUAGUUAUUCACAAAUGAGGCAUAACAGAAAAAAGGAUAUGAAAAAAAAAAUACAGCAAGUUGUUCAACAGGAUAAAAAAGUAGUAACCCAGGGUAAAUUAGCAUUACAGUUUUACAGAAAUUAACAAAAGGUUUAUUUGUUAUAUACUGAAAUAUGGCCUUAGAAAUGGUAAUAAAAUAAAUUACCGUGAAGUAAACGCAAAAAAGUUACAACAGAGAAAUAGUCUAGUCGGAAGGCAGGGUUCCCAUGCACCCCUAGGAUAUAUUUUUCUAACUUACAUUUUUGUAAUCCUCAAGAUGUCUUGAAAAAGAAAUUCUAUGUUCCCAUCGCGAAAUAUUGUCCCAAGGCCUUUUUUUCGUGCUCUUUGUGGCGGCCAUCUUGGCAGCCAUCUUGGUUUUCUAAUGAAACUUAAUUGCGGACAAUUAGUUUAUCAAAAGAGGCAAAUAACUUUUAUUUGCGUAUACUUUUACUAUAACGAAUACCUUUAAAGUAUAUACGUCCUUUUUUUGACAAAUUAAAUAAAUUUGAAGUAAACAGUGAAAACAAAUAAAGUAUGAUUUACGCUCAGAAUAAAGAAUAAAACUUAACAUUAUAUUCAACUCAGUUUUUUAUGAUUACCUCUAUUAAUUUUUCCAUUUUAAAAAAGGGCAACCACAGAUUAAAAAGAAUCUUAUAAAGUCCAGAAUUGGAUCAAAGCGAAAAUACUAUUAACUAAGUCACCCUAUUGCCUUCUUAAAUCAGACUAUGCUUCUAGUACUACAAUCCUAAUGUGAAACAGGCCAAGCAGCACAUGAACUAUUAACUGGGCCACUGUUUAAUUUACAACCUCAUUUGAAAUGGUUAUCAAAUAUGCAGGGCAUUUUUACGUAUCGCUACUUCUUCUUUUCACUUUAACUUUUAUUCUACACGCCUGUAUAUAAAAACGAAAAAAAUAUAUGUGAAAAAUUGGAUAGUUUGUACUUAAACUGCGAUUUCAUUUUGAUACUAAUUAAAAAUGCGUUAAGUCAUAUUUUCAUAUUAUUUUAAGAAAGAUUUGAACUAUGUUUUGCACUUUUAAGAGUCUAAAUCGUCCAAAAAAAAAUCACUGUUAGAAUUUUAAGAGAUGAAACGCAAAGGUAAUAACGCUAACAGACAAGACUUUCUUCACAAGCGGCCCGCUCUUCGCCGUAUUUUACAUACGUCCAAGAGUUGGAGAAAAAUGGCUUUCCUAAUCCAGAGUACAGAAGUGAGAAUUUGAAAGCACGACUUGACAAUCAUGAGAUUUGUGAGUUGAUCACUAUCGCAAAUGUCAACCGAGGUGACAAAGGUUGUAUCACUUAUAAUCUAGUCUACAGUGCCGCCAUGUUCGUUGCUGAAGCAGUAGCCUAUGCAUACAAUUUGGGGUCCAAAGACAAAUAUGAAGAUGUCGCUCUCCUCCUACGCAGCUCGAUUAAGCAGGCUUUUAAAGAGUCGAAGCCACUUCCCUGGCCUCCUUCAGCCGACGAUCUCGAAGUCAAGUCAUCUGAGGAACUACUCCCAUCUGACCUUGUAAAAUUCCUGAACUGUGUCAUCGAUGAUCCCAUUGACAUUGACGAUCACAUGCGUUACUCCCUUAAGCCUGUGCCUCACAGCCUUGGAACACCAGACCGAUUUUUCAACAAGACAAACAAGGCUGCUAUGCUGCAGUAUAUGAUGGACGAUGCUCCUGAAGAAGUUAUUUAUCCAGCGGAGAGCCUCUACAUACAGGAUGGGAACGCACUUUUCCGUGCCCUGAAGAACCUACCACCAACCUUUGGUGAGAUAUGCCUUCAGGUACUAGAUGGUGGCUAAGAAGAAUUUUGUCUUCUCAAGGAUUCUUACCAUGCAGACUCCAUCAAAUCACAAGAACGACUCCGUAGUGGUUUCUCCCAGCGGUAUAUCCUAGAGGGACCAGCGACCUUGCAAAAGAAAAGAAUAAACUACAGCUCUCCAACUAAUGCUGUGAGUGUAGGGGAGCAAGACAGCAGCCUCUCAGCUGGAGAAAUGUGAAACUGCUCUGAUAGUGGUUGAUUGUAAGGCGUACCAACUUGGAAAACUUUAUGGCGAUGUGAGUACAUUAAAAUAAGAAGGCUGCAAGCUAUGAUUGGCAGAUGCGUAUUGCUACAGUACAGGUUUAUUUAAUUAUAAUUAAAAAUGACGCAUUUCAGGUGGCGAUACACGAGAUUGAAGAGCUUGUAUCCAACCAGGAGACAGACACCAGAGUUGUGCUGUACCUCGACUAUGCCGCCAGGCGUGGAUUCAAAUCGGCUCUGGUCAGGACGUCAGACACAGACAUCUUUAUCCUGCUUCACUAUGCGCACUCAAUCCCAAUUACCAUAUACCUAGAUACUGGAUCUCGAAAGCAUCGUCAAAUUAUAAAUGUCAGUGAGCUAUCAGAAUCUAAAGGAGCCGACUACUACACUGCGCUGCUCGGUCUAUACUUGUUUACCGGUGAAGAUGUUACAAGUGCGUUAAAGGGCAAGGGUAAGGUGGGACCCUUAAAAAAGCUGCAGAACCAUCCUAGGUACCAUGACGCAUUUAUGUGAUAGUUUUUGCUUUACAUGGCAGUAAUGAGUUGUAAUAUUGACACCUGCUAGUAAAUUAAUAAUGUUGCCAUCAUUUGUUUUGUUCUUGUUUUCGUUUAGAAAACUUGGAGAUGAGUGGUCUGUAGAUCAAGACGUUACAGAUGAACUAGAGGCAUUUACGUGUUUGAUGUAUGACUACACGCGGGAGAAGUCUGUUGAUUCCGUACGCAGCAAAUGCUUAAGAAGAUGGUAGGAGAGAAUGAGGAACCUACAAUGAGAUCAAAAGAAGACCUGUCCCGGCUUCCACCUUGCAAAGACAACUUCAUUCCACAUGUUUGGGGAGUGAAUUACCGCCUUGCCAACUACAAAAGAGCUCAACAGGCGACAUUUUGGCGCCCCAAUCCCUACGAUUCAGGCCAGGGUUGGGAGAAGACCAAGGAAGGUAUCCUAGGGACGGUGUGAUCAUGUGAUGCUAUACAUCCCCCCUCACACGUUGACCUGUUGGAGAAAACAACUGAGGAGAGACGGAAAAUGUCGCAGAGGAGGAAGAGUAGCAGGAGAUUGACUUUGAGGAGCUUUUAAGUAAUGAUGAGUAGCCAAGUAAAAGGCCGUUAAUCAGUCAUUUAUGUACUGCUUGGCCUGUUGCACAGUAGGAUUGUAGUAAUAGUAAAAUGUAGCUACGAUGUUGCUAUUGGCCGUGGCAUGGGUAGCUAUUGGGUGACUUACUGUUAAAUCUUUUUUGCUCUGAUUCUUUGUUGAACUUUGUAAGUAAGCGACUAGAGUGAGUAAAAUAAACUGAGUUAACUGGAAAAGUUAACAGAGGUAAUGAUAAAAAACUGAGUCGAGUAUAAUGAUAUUUUUUUCUUUAUUCCCAGCGUAAAUAAUACUGUAUUUGUUUUCACUGUUUACUUAAAAUUUAUUUAAUUUGUCAAAACCAUGACAAAUAUACUUUAAAUGUAUUCGUAAUAGUAAAAGUAUACGUAAAUAAAAGUUAUUUGCCUCUUUUGAUAAACUAAUUGUCCGUAAUUAAGUUUCGUUAGAAAACCAAGAUGGCCGCCACAAAGAGCACGAAAACAAGGCCUUGGGACAACAUUUCGCGAUGGGAACAUAGAAUUUCUUUUUCAAGACAUCUUAAGGAUUGCAAAAAUGUUAUUUAGAAAAAUAUAUCCUUGGGGUGCAUGGGAACCCUAACUUCCGACUCGACUAAAAUCGAAUUGCUUUUACAAAAGGAAAAAUGGCCAAGGGAAUGGCGGUUUCAUUUAUCAGCCUUUUUGCGUAGGAGGGGUGCCGAAAAAAGUCUGGGGGAGUGAGGUUUUGAAUUAGUUCAAGAGGCAUUUAAGCAAACAAAGUUUAGUCUGGUGACAUCCUGAUUCUAAUCAAAUGUGUUUUCAAUGUUUUCCAUGAUAUCUAUCUGUACAAGUUGCCGGCUCAAACAUUAUAAAGAGCGCAAGAAAAAAGAGUUUGACAGUGGCGAAGGCGCAGAAGAGGUCAGCGGGAUGUUUAAAUCAUUACUUGGGGUCGCCUAUUGUUUAGGCGGGGGAUGGGCUGGGCAACUUCUGUGCUUCUGCUGUGAAAAAUCGUUGAAAAGUGGGCCAUAUGGAAAUACAAGCUAUUGUGUACUAUUUAACCACAAGCCCAUCCUAAAGUGAAAGAGAUAUAUGCGAAGGCCAAAAGACCGCCGACGAAAAUGCUGUAAGGCUACCUGGAUCUAAACAUGUCACCAAAACUCAAAGCGAGGAUAAUACUAUGUUAUGGAAAAUUUACUUUGCUAGGUUUUAGGAAUUUCUUUUUGCUCAAGAAAAUUGCUAGACAGACGAGGAGCAGUCUCUUUUUCUUGCGGGCGACUCGAAAACUGGAAUGUGAGUAGGGGAUCAAGCAGCGAUCGGUGAAGAACUGCAGACUAGAAUUUUAUUCUGAAAAGCCCCAAUUUCUCCAUCAUUUAUCCCCUGGCUUGCAUAAUUUUAAACUCUUCCCAUUGCGCAUGAGUGUUCAAGAACAAAGACCGACUGCUCGUAGUCUAGAGAUUAAGAGCCAAGCGCAAUAUGCGUAAGCCCCUGCCCGGGGGGGGGGGUGGCUGCUCCAAUAUAUGGGCAAUAUAGGCAUGUGCCGCAAGUUAGGGUAUUUGUGUUUGCCGUGCGCAUUAGCCUUGUUUAGAUUCCUUGAAUGCGGUGCCAUUUUCGGGUUUUGGCUUUAAAAAGGUACUAGACGUUCGCGCUAAGGACAAACGUAGCAUACGUCCAUAUUGGAUUGGGUGGUCUUUAGUACAUCUUAUUUGGUCACCCCAAUUGUUUAAAAUUUCUGACAUAAGCAACCUACAAUCUCAAACUGGUGAAAGUUUAAGGAAAAAUCAAUGUUAGAAGAUUUUGAGCGAACGUCCUUAAAUAGCGUUAUUGUUAUUGUUUAAGAACCUUCGCGGCACACCCCUGUUUAAAAUUUUGGGGGAGUGCUCCUUCCCCAGGAGUCCUUGCAUUCUUUAGAAGUCUGCACAAUGGGUAGUGGAUGUGUUGUAUUCUGCAGUUGAUGUUGGAUAUCUUUUGGUCUACGGUUAACCUUUAAAAUUUCAUAUCGCCGUUUCCUAGUAGCAGUUACACUAGUAAGCAGCAGGCCCUAAAAGAGCCAGGCAAAGACCACUUUGCAUCAUCAUCAUCAUCAUCAUCAUCAUCAUCAUCAUCAUCAUCACCAUCAUCACCACAUCACUUUAUUUACAAAGUGUUAGGGAAGGCUUAUUUGGCCUCUAGCAAAUACAAAUUGCUAAUUCUCCGAGAAUUAGCAAUUGAUAAUGUGUCGAUUAGAGUCAUGAAGAAAAUGUUUGUAAACUUGAAAAGCAACAUUUCAAAUUUGAAUUGAAAACCCAGAGAGCCUUACAACUAAUCUGGGUAGAGAAAAGACAAUGAGGAGUAAACUAUAGCGAGAAGAAAAUGAACAUUUGUUAUGCAUGCUUACUUAUAGGAUCAUGGUGCUCAUUCGACAUCAAUGCGAUGCGAGGAGCCGGACCUUCCUGGCUUUGAUGACAGGACGAUUGAUGAAAUCCAAUUGCAGGAAGAAGAUGCAGAAGUGAAUAUGCAAUGCGAGGUGUCAGAUCCUCCUGGCUUUGAUGACGGGACGAUUGACGAUAGCCAAUUCCUAUCCUCAAUUUGCUCACAGAACAGUGAACCUGAGGAAGAGGCUAGUAUAUGGUGCGAUGAGAAGGAACUCCAAAAUGAGGGACGACAGAAACUCAAUGAUGCUCUAGGAAACCUGACCGGUGGACGAUUUAGUCCUAUACUUUCUACAUUAAACGCCUCGUGGGAGGACAUUUCCAUUACCCAAGAAAAGUACUAUGCACGCAAGGCUCGAGAAGCCGUGACUGUCUCACUGUCAGUCGUUUGUCCCGGACAGGAAAAAGAACUUUGGAAUUCCAUUCGAAAUGAAUCGAUAAUUGAAAGUGAAGAUAGUCAUUCGCGCAAACGUAAAGAAUUCGACACAAGAACUGGGCUUAUUGAUGUCUUGAUUAAAGCACAUGAUCAAGCAGAGUCGUGGCGAACCAAACGUCAGAUUUUAUCUCUUUUUGCAAAUGAUUUAACCAAAGCGGAAUUGCAGAGACUACUUCCAGGGUUAACAAAAUGGGGAAUUGACCAGGCCCGCCUGCACGCCAACGAAGUAGGAAGGGGGCAACUUGUUCCCGAAGAGCCUAUCUUUCGAACAAGAAUCGAUCCCGUGAAAGUUGAUCAUUUUAUAAAUUACAUUUCACGACCAGACCUGCUUCAAGAUGUUGCAUUUGGCACAAAAACUCUGAAGUUAGACUCAGGUGAACGUAUCAUCAUCCCGGCUGUGAUACGAACAUUGAUCCCCUCCCGAAUUAUCGAGCAGUACACCAGUUAUUGCAAACAGCAAGAAUUUGAACCUGCUAGUGAGCGUUCCUUGUUCAGAAUGCUUGAAAUUUGCUCAGCAUCUAUGCAGAAGUCUCUUCAGGGGCUGGAUAAUAUCACCGCUGAGGGAUCUGAAGCCUUCGACAGUCUACUAUCAAUGACUGAAACGUUAAAGGAGAACGGUGCCGGCGAGUAUUGGGUCCAAGAAAUGGUACAGACGAUGAAAGAAGCAAAGAGAUAUCUAAAGACUAAUUUUAAGACACACGUGGGAAGAGACGAGAAAAGAAGCGACCUCUGUAUUGUGUAUUCUCUAAGUGAUCCUACCAAUCUCGAAUUCAGCGGGGAUUGUCAGCACUCUCACGACAUUGGAUGUGAAAGGAGCGAAUCGCUCGACCAUAUGUUAGAAGAAAUCACAAACAAACUGGAAGAGGCAAGCAUUAGCGAAGACCACAAAGCCAGGAUGAAGUUUGAGAGCAGGGAGUCCACUCGGGCAGUUCAAGCAUGGAAGGCGCACUUGGCUCGCUCUGUUACUCAGGAGGAAGCUAAGCAGGACGCCCUAAGCCAACUUGAUGACGAAACAUGCUUGAUUGUUGUAGAUUGGGCUAUGAAAUAUCUGCCCCAACGUUACCGAGAACAAAUGUCUGAGUUUUUCGGAAAGCGUGGCAGGAGCUGUCAUGUUAGUGCAGUCAUAACGCACUUGCAUAAUGAAGAAAGGUAUGAAGUCGAGUGCUUUGUGCAUAUCCUCAACAACUGCAAUCAAAACAGCUUUGCAGUAAUGUCAGUCAUCGAGCAUUUACUUCAUACUAUCAAGCAAGAGUAUCCUUUAAUCAACAAAGCUUCUUGAGGUCUGACAACGCUGGUUGUUACCAUAAUGGGCCACUUAUCCUAAGUCUCCCAUACAUUGGGGAAAGGACAGGUAUAAAGCCGUUGCGCUACGACUAUUUAGAUCCCGAGGCUGGGAAAGAUAUCUGUGACAGGAAAACUGCACCCAUGAAAGCACACAUUAGAAGAUGGGAGAACGAGAAGCACAAUGUUAUAACGGCCGAGGACAUGAAACAGGCAUUGGAAUCACAUAGUGGCUUGAAGGGUCGCAGAGCAGCUGUUGUAGAAGUUGAUGCCUCCAAGGAGACUGGAAUCGAUAACAAAAUAUCCGGUAUAUCCUUUCUUAACAACUUCCAGUUUGAGGAAAAUGGAAUCCGUGCUUGGAAAGCAUACAAUGUUGGACCGGGUCGCUUGCUUUCGUAU